CGACCGGUUUUGCCAUUGAGUGUAUGGACUGUGGAAACAAAGGAGGGUUGGGUUACCAACUCUAACAUCACGUUCACUUUGACCAGUAAUGAUCCCGACUCUAAAACUGUGUCCUGUUAUGCCGUCUCCGAAACUCUCGGCGAGACUAUUGUUCAGACUUUGAAUAUCGAUAUUCUCUCCAUUAUUUACGCUGAAAUACUUCACCAGAAAAAAUAUAGUGUUUCAAUGGGAGGCAAUCCAUUGCCGACUCUUCGAUGGCAAGUGUUGAAUAUUGGAAGUGAUGUCGGAUUGAAUCGAGAGAUAAGUGCAUUGACUUCAAUGAGUGGAAGUGGAGUCUCGAGUGAACUCGUCAUUAGAGCAGAACCGGGAGAUAACGGCGUCUCUUAUAGAUGCGAGGCUUCAAAUGCGGCCACUUUUAAGCCAUUGAGUGCUUCAAUCAAAUUAUCGGUGUUUUAUACAUCAGAUUCAGUGACUAUUAAAUUAAAGCCGAAAUAUCCUAAAUCUGGGGAUGUGUUACAUCUAGUCUGUGAUUCCGGUUCUUGUAAUCCGAUGUGUGAUUUGUUUUGGUACAAAAAUGGCAUUAAAAUGGAAAGUAAAUUGUCUGAUGUGUUGGAAACGAAUGGUCCGUUUGGUGGGAAGAAUACCAGAAGUACUUUAAAACAAGACAUCACCGCAAAAGAUGACGAAAGCCAUAUCUUUUGCGAAUCCGUUAAUCAAGUGCUAAGCAAAAGAAACGGCGCUAACAUUACGCUUAUUAAGCCUCAAUUCCUGGCACCGCCUCAACAAAAGUAUGAUGUAAUUGAAAGCGAAGACAUUUCAGUUAAUUUGAGUGCGAGAAGCAAUCCAUCACUUAUAUCAUACAUUUGGUGGAAAGACAGCCUUCCGCUCCUCGAUAUAUCAGACACAACAACAUCUAUGUCUCUCUCUAACGCUAUAACAACUCAUCGCCAACACAGACGACAACAUCAAUUGAUAUCUCGCGGACCAGUUUUGACCAUAAAAAAUGCAUUGAGAGAAGACGCCGGAGAAUACGACUGCGAGGCCACUAAUACCGAGGGCUCAACCAAAACAACAAUUAUAAUCAAUACAGUUAUAACCGAAUCUGGAGAAUCGGUACAACUCUAUUGUCUUUGUGUCGCAAAUCCAAUGAGUGAUGAAAUAAUUCGGUGGCGAAGAGAAGGAAACUCUAAUUUCAUAAAAGAGGAGAGAAUUGACGCACAAAACGAAAGGGGAAAGUCUGUGCUCUCCAUCUUCAAUGUCAGCGCUGACAGAGAUAGCGGAGUCUAUGAGUGUCGGGCCAAUAAUGGCAUUGGAGUGGAAGCUGUGGAAAGAGUGCAGGUUUUGAUUAAAAGCAAACCGGAAAUUGUGUUAAACAUGACGGCAGUGAAUGUGGCGGCGGAUGAAUCGGAAACAGUGAAAAUGGUUUGUACGGCCACUGGUGUCCCCAAAGUCCAGUUCAAAUGGUUGGACGCCGACGGCCAGGUGUUCAGCACUGAAUCCGAUCUCUUAGUUAAUAAUAAUGUGAAGUAUUUUCGAUACAAUUUGGAGAGAAAGCAAAUCUCAGAGACGGUAUUCCAGAGCGCAUUCAUUAUAAAGAGCAUAACUGAUAGCGAACUCAAUAAAUCAUUUGAAUGUAUUGCACAUAACGAUAAGGGAAAGACACAAACAGUCAUUAAAUUAAGAAAACGUGGAAAACCUGAUCCGCCCCUUCAUAUUAAACUCGUUAACAUCACUCAUAACACCGUUUGCCUGAAUUGGAGCCCAGGUUUCGAUGGAGGACUAAAACAGUCGUUUAGAGUCAAGUUUUACACAAUCGGACAAAACAACUAUCAAAGCAAAGAAACGGAUAGGAAUUGGAUUAUAAUUAAAGGAUUAGAGAGCGCUUCCAAAUACAAUUUCGCUGUCCAUUCGUACAAUGGUUUCGGCGAAAGUAAUGGCAAUGAAUCUAAUAAUUCAAUAAUUGCAUCGACUUUUGCCACAGAAUUUGAUUCAAGUGAAGCACUUACUGAUGGAUUCAAUAAACCCAAUCGAAAUAAGGAUCAGAUGACUGGCAAACCCAACAUUAGUAAUGCUAAUAAAGUAAAAGUCAAGGAUGCGGUGAACGGAGAGACAAUACUAUUGAAGGCAUUUAAUGAGGAAGAGGUGGACAUAACGACUGCAUUGACGCCAAUCGACGAUCAAUCGACUUAUAUUGACGACACGGACGCAGGAAAACAUUGCGAAGUACUUCUUAUGAAUGAUUUGCACUCGUCUUCGAGUACAUCCAUAGGACAGCCAUUGAAUCACGUUUUGCUAAGAAAUUGCCAGAACUUGCACUUAACAAACGGCUUAUCAUUAGAGGCACAGAAUUGUCCCGAUAUUAUCAAGAAUCCUAAUAUCGAUAACUGCGAAAUGGACGCCUCAAACGCCAUAUUAAUUCAAAAGCAAUUAAAUAGUUAUUGUAAUCACAUAAAUGCUGCCAAUAAUACAAAUGAGUCGGUAAUAUCAUACUCUCGCGGGGCCUGUAAUGGACAGGAGGUUCUCUUGGGUUCAUUCAGUAAUGGAUGCGAUGAUGACUUCAAGUCAACUCUCGAG